AUGAAUUCAUCCAUUGGUAUACUGAUUGCUCAUGGUAUUCCACCUGGAAUUGCCAAUGCAUUGAUUGAGAAAUAUCCACCUCCAGUACCAGACUUGACUAAAGUGUCAACUCAACUCAUAAAGAAAGAGUUAAAGAGUAGAUGUAAGAGGUAUAGAAAGGUCGUACCGCCAAGUCCAUUCUUAACAGGCUUGCAAAUGUUCUCAAAGGAGAAGAGUCCAGGUAUCAUGGAAGAGAAUCCAACUCUCAACAUGGACGAGUUGAACAACUUGUUGACAAAGAUGUAUGAGCAACUAGGUGAAGAACAAAGAAAAGCCUAUGAGAACUUGGCCAUCGUCGACCAUAAACGUUGGGAGAUGGAGAUGAGGUUCUACGAACAUUUUGUUUCCGAAGCUAGCCGUAAUGAUGAAGAUGCGUCUUCCUCAUAG